GGGUAAAUAGUUGACUGCCGGCUGCAGGAGUUUGCGUGAUUUGGGCUUAAUCGAGGGCGGUAGGCAUUUACACGCGCGCGUAAAUAGGCUGUGAUUGUUGGCCAUUGAAGGUUCUAAAAGAGCUGUUAUAUCAUACACUAACUGAGCACCAGGAUGGGUGACCAGCAGGAGUUCUGUCUGCGCUGGAAUGACUUCCACAGCAACUUCCACCUGUCCCUGGAGGCAUUGCGAGGGGAUGAGUCAUUCACGGAUGUGACGCUCUCCUGUGCCGGCCGCCUGAUGAAGGCACAUCGUGUCAUCCUUUCUGCCUGCUCUGUUCACUUCAAGGAGAUUUUGCGGGGCAUCCCGCCGCAGCAGCACCCGGUCAUCGUGCUGCCCACUGUUGACUUCGAGGUGAUGCAGGCCAUCAUGGAGUUCAUCUACCAGGGCCAGGUGAACGUUAAACAGUCGCAGCUGGGCGCCUUCCUGCAGGUGGCUGAGACCUUCUCCAUCCAAGGCCUGGCCGACGACGACACCAAGAAGAACUCACAGAAGACGGCCAGCCGACCGCGGCCGGCCGACUCGGAGCCGGCCGUCCAGCCGGUGCCCGCCUCCGGCUCGGCUGCGGCGGCGGCCGACGGGCCGGCCGGCGCGCACGCGCCGCCGCCGCCACCGCCCCCGCUGGCCGACGACCCCGAGAAGACGGUCAACAUCAGCGUCAGCAUCAAGGCAGAGGGCAUGGCCGACACGAUGGUGGGAGAGCUGUUGGACCACUCCCAGCCGGGCGAGAUGCUCGACCCGGACAUGGAGGGCGCCGGCUCGGACGUGGUCGCACAAGCAAUGGCAACAAUAGGUCAUGAAUCAGCCGACACAUCAGCGAUGCGCACGGCCGUGUACGGGUCACGGUGCCGCAGCAAGGUGUGGCUCUACUACAACCUGCUGGAGAAGGAGGAGGGCUCCGACCACCGCAACCGCACCGCCUCCUGCAAAAUCUGCGGAAAACGGCUUCAUUCCCUCGGCGGGUCCACCGGCAACCUGCGCAAACACCUGAAGAGCAGCCACGCCGUGGAGGAGAAGGACAUCGCCGGCUGGCUAGUGAGCCGCCGCGCCGCCGGUCACGCCCCGGCCUGGCCGCUCGUCGUCACCGUCCAGGCGCACCCCGACGACGCGCUCAGCCUGGCCGUCGUCGUCUGCAGCAGCUUCAGCGUGGUCGGCCUCGUCUUCAGCUUCAUCAGACACAGGUGA